CGUAACUGCCAGCAUCUCUCUUCUGACACUGCUCGUGGCGUUCAUCGCCGAGCUCGUAGUUGGAUAUCGCAAAAUGUAAUACAAUACCGCACAAGAAAUAUGACAGUUAAGGUAUUCAUUGACCUCGCCACACAGCCGUUCGUUGCUGACUUGGUGUUUCCCGACGGACUUCCAAGAGGUGGUUACGUGACGCUGUUUGUUGGAUGCUGCCAACGAACUCCUCAGCCUGGAAAGCAAGUUGACCGCAUACCUUUGCAGCAAGGUGCCAGUUCAGGUUCGGCAAUACCAGUUGUGAGAAAAACAUGCCACAACCAGACCUACACGGAAUUCUGUGAUGGAAAGAUUUAUGUGCGAUAUGGGUCUGAUGAAAAUGGUGGCACGAGUUUCCCUUGCAACCUCAGACAUUCUUUUGAAUCUGGUGUAUUGACAGAGCAGGAGCACCGCAGACUUCAUAUUCAAAGAGAAGUACCCGAGCUCUGUGGAGACAUCACACCCAUCCAGAAGGCUGGGGAUUGCCGUGACUGUUAUUACUGCGGAUUCAUAAGCUCUUCAAGAGAUCAAUCAUCACAUCAUGAAGUUAAUCAUGGAGGAACUGCACAGUCAUGCAUACUGUGCCGCCGUGUCUUCAAGAGCGAAUCCACUCUCAACAAGCACCUGUGCCUUCAUGUUCAAAAUGGAUUCCACUGCAGUGUAUGCAGGAAGUCCUUCCUCUCAAAGGAGCUACUUGCCAAGCAUGUGGAAAGGAAUGCGUGUAGCCCAGGUCCCCGGGUAGAACCAAUGCAGCGACUUGAGACACUGCCGGCCGCAUUCUUCAAUCCUGUUUCAUUGUCACCUCCUGAGGCUACUUCUGUCGAUGCAACAAUUUGUAGCGUCAUUGCCGAAAGCCUUCAUGACCACAGUACAAGCCACCUCGAAGUGGCUGACACUGGUGACACUGGAAGUGGGACAGCUGGUGAAUCUGCCAAUGCACCUACCAUUUUGUUUGGGAAGAAAACUGGAAGUGGGCAUGAGUUGCUGGGAGCCAUCCGUGCUCGUCGACCUCGUUUGCCAUGCCCGCACUGCCCACGAUUUUGCUUUUCACAGGCAGCUUUGCAGGUCCACUUGAGGCGCAAGCACAUUACCAAUGCACCCCUCAAAUGCCCCCACUGCCCGAAACGGUUCUUUGUUGAUACCGUAUUCUACAAGCACCGGUCCAUCUGCAUGCGCAAAGGAAAGGAUGUUAAAGUUUAUCUUACGGAAUCCAAAAAUAAAUGGAACAGGCUCAACUGUGAACACUGUGAAUUCUUCACUCACCGGUACCAGAAGUUGACGGACCACUAUGCUGAAGAUCACCCGGAGCAUGCUUUGAGCAUUUGUGAAACGUGCCAGGAUCGUUUUGCUCAUUAUGCUUACAUGCUGAUUCACCAAGUCCAGGUGCACCUCCUGUCGGAGGAGAACCAACCACAGAAGUGCAGCCUGUGUGACCUGACCUUAGACGGCGUAGAUGGGCUCAGAGACCACCUAUUGGAGGUUCACGCACCAGCUCCCAUAUUCCGCUGCUAUGACUGCUACGAGCGAUUUUCUACUGCUGCCGCCGUGUUGCGCCACAGAAACGAAAAGCAUAACCCAAAGUCGCGCAAGUGCCCAGACUGCCCAAAGACCUUCAAGAAUGCCCUUGCGUGCCGUCGGCAUGUGCUGUACACUCACUACAGCUCGCGUCUGGUGAACUCUUGCAAGCUCUGUUUUAGGCGCUACAAGAACCUGCUCACACUUCGUUAUCACAUGGCAUUGUCACAUAUAAAUGAGCUAUCAGAAGAAGAGAAGGCAUCACUGGAGCCGCUGAAAAAACACUGCGCUCAGUGCGACUACGUGACCUUCAAUCGGCGCAGUAUGGUGGGUCACAUGCGCCGCAAGCAUGGAGAAAUGCUCCAGUGUCCGCAAUGCCCAAGCCGAUUUGCUCAAGUGGCUGAGCUUACACGCCACCAGAGAUUGAGGCACAGCUCUGUUGGCCGCCAGCAGUGUCCCCACUGUCCUCGUGGCUUUGUUUGCCCCAAGUUGUUCGGAGUGCACCUCAGCAUGCACCAGGAGGGUCGAGGCCAUGAGUGCACCGUUUGCAAGCGUCUGUUUGAGAGCGAAGCCAUACUCAAGCACCACAGUGACUCGCACACAAGCGCCAGCAAUCGUCGCUGCAAAGCCUGCCUGCGUGUGUUUGCGACUACCUACCACUUGGCAAACCAUGAAAAGAUACACAGCACACAAGCCCCUGAUGGUACAGUGGUGAUGACAUGCACAAGUAUACCUCCUAAACCCAUUAAACGAAGAAAAGAUCGACGGUCUUUCACACUUACGUGCGACCAGUGCCACUUGCGUUUCAAGUACCAGAGCAGCCUGUCCGCUCAUAAGAUGGCACUGCAUGGAAAGCGCUCAAAGGAUGGAAAGUCAUUCACCUGUGAGAUAUGCCAGGACAGCUUUGUAUCAGUGUUGGGCCUGUCAUCGCACAUUCGCACACAUACGGGCGAGCGGCCGUUCUCAUGUGAAGAGUGUGGGGCCAGCUUCAGCCAGGCAAGCACACUGCGAGAACACACGAUCCUCAAGCAUAGUCGUGCCUUCCGAGAGACUUGCCCCCUCUGCUCCAAGGGUUGUGUCUCCAAGACAAAGCUGAGAAGACAUCUCCAGGCUGCUCACAAGGCCGUUCUUGUCUGUGCCCAGCCUGCAGCACCUAGGCGCUCAACGUCCAGUGCUGCGUCAACUCCGGCCAGAGUAGCACAACCCGCCACUUCUGAUGACACUCACACAUACCUCUUACAAGACCUAGUGAAUACGGAGGAAGCAUACGAGGCACCCGAGGAAGAGGGUGUGGUGCUGCAGGAAGGAGAACUGCAAGAGGACUUGGUGCCACAAGUGAUGACAGUGCCCACACAAGCGGAAGGUGGCAACCUGGCAGUGGCAGUAGACAGCAUCAUCAACCUGAUGGUGUGUGACACUCUGAUAGAGACCAACUGCAUCGAGUUGACGAGUGAAGAAGCACACGGAAAUGAAGAAGGUUGAUGGCAGCUAUUGUGGGAACCUAGAGCACUGAUUAAUGGUUACAUUAACUUGCUGAAUUUGUUGAUAGCUGCUGCCAGAAUUUCUGACACUUCUGAAAAGUUUUCGAAGUGCUUAGAAAGUUUUAAGAUGUUUUCAUGCAUAAAAUAAAACAUAGUUUUGAUACUUA